CUUCGGCCGCCCAUAUUCGCUUGGAGAUAUGUCCAACCAAAGGGAGACAACCAUUUCUUCGUUUCCGUGUUCCUUUUCCUGGCGAGGACUGUAAGACCCGUGGACAUCCACUUGAUAUCUAUGACCGACGCGAACGGCCCUACUCACAUUACACGGCUAUCUCUAUGAACACUUCUCGAACAAUCAUAUCUGCCUGCGAGCAGUGCCGAGAUCGGAGGCGGAAAUGUGAUAGAGGCCGUCCAUUGUGUUCGCCUUGCGCCCAACGGAACCUCCAGUGCACGUAUAGGCAACGUGCUUCUGAUGCUCCGCCUUCUCCUAGGCUGGUCCAGGAACUCAUCAGCAUCAGGGAACGGCUGGAUCAUAUAACGGCGGUUGUGGAUACAGUACGCCCCUCCAACCGAUUUAUACCAGAGUCAUAUACCCGUACGCCCCUCCGGGCCUGCGGCAUUACAGAUAUUAAUCUUAAGUCUCCCAUUCUAAUGCAGAUGGUCGGUCUGAGUCCAGAUCUGUCGUCGCGGUUAUAUCAGAUGGAGGAGUGUUCUGAAUCUCCACCUGAGACUGGCGGGGACUACAUGCCGCUUGACAUACCAGAGACUACUUCGACAUUGUGCGGUCCACUUCCGAUGUCAGGAACAUUUUUGUCAACUAAUUAUGACAGCAGGGUAUUGCGCAUUUUUCACGACCGAGUACACAUUUGGUACCCAGCGCUUCACGCUACUUUCACGGAUAAAUUCAGAGAAGCGAUAGCGCGUGGCUUCACCCCUUCGUCGACUGAUUCUUGCCUAUCGCUCCUCGUCGUCUCGAUAGGCUUCCUGCUAUUAGACCGACCUCCACGUGGCGCCCCCCACCACCUCAAAGCCGCCCUUUCCAUGCUUCCAACAGUGCUCCAGGAGGAUAGUGUGACUAGUGUGCAGUGCCUGGUCCUGUUCAGUAUCUACUAUUCCUGUUUAGCUCGCCCGCGACAGACGCACACUUACAGCCGCCUUGCGUCCCUCCGUAUCCGUACUCUUAUGAGAAUGUCUGGAUCGCCCCUCUUUCCUUAGCCCGACGAAGGACUGUUACAUUGCAGCUGACACCAUCCCACAGACAGAGCGCUGAAAAGGACCGAAAUGAGUGGAGGCUGAUCCAUCAGUUGUAUUGGGUUAUUUUCUUGAUUCAAAGUGAAAUUCGCGCCCAUUUUCCCUUGUCCCCAGA